AUGGCUGACGCGAAUUUUGUCGAUGUCCAAGCUCUGUUGAGCAAGCUCACGCUCGAUGAGAAAAUAGAGCUUCUCGCGGGCCAAGGGUCGUUCCGAAUGACUGGUCUUGAACGACAUGGAAUUCCUGCUCUUAUUACGGUCCUCAUGGAAUUCGAGGUCGGCGAUCGUUUACUCGCGUGGGUAACCCCUCAAUUAUCAAGCAUGAACCCAAUAACUAACACGGACCAAAAGAUGCCCAGUCCAAUGCUGCCAUCAGCUACAGCAAUGGGCGCUACCUUCAACACAGAGCUUCUGCACAAAGUCGGCCGUCUUCUCGGUGAAGAAGCAAAAUAUCGUGGUGUUCACAUUUUGCUGGCGCCGACGCUUUGUCUGCAGCGCUCACCUUUGAUCGGACGUGGCUUUGAAGCCUUUGGCGAAGACCCUUUUCUUAGUGGUACCUUGGGCGCGCACUAUAUCAAUGGCGUCCAGGAACAGGGCGUCGCAACGAGUGUGAAGCACUAUGCGGCUCACGAUCAGUCUGACAAUAGUAUUGAAGACAAUGUUGUCAUGACCGAGCGGACACUUCGAGAAGUCCACCUAUUGCCUUUUCAGCUUGCCCUCCGCGGAUCUGAUCCUUGGACUAUCAUGACCUCGUAUAACAAGAUCAACGGUGUCCACGUAAGUGAGGAUCCUUUGCUGAUGAAGACAAACCUCCGUGAGGAAUGGGGUUUCAAAGGUCUUGUUAUGAGUGACUGGUUCGGCACCUACAGCACAUCAGAAGCCAUCAACGCGGGCUUGGAUCUCGAGAUGCCUGGACCAACUGACUGGAGGGGAAAAUGCCUGAGUAUUGCUGUCAACUCCCGCAAGGUUUCCAAAGCAACAGUUGAUCAAUCUGUCGAGAAGGUUUUAAACCUCGUGAACCAAGUGAAGGCUGGGGAGUCAUCUGGUGACGCUCCUCGCUCAGAUACCAAGGAGCAGCGUGCCCUUAUUCGACAGCUUGUUGCUGAGUCAGUUGUGCUUCUGAAGAACAACAACAGCAAGUUGCCGAUCAAGAAUCCCGAGAAGCUCAAAUUCGGUCUCAUCGGAGAUCAUGUGAAGAACCCUGCCCUGUGUGGUGGUGGAAGUGCUGAGGUCGAACCCUACUAUGGCAUUACCCCAUAUGAGGCCAUCAAGGAGGUGGUGGGCGAGGAAAACAUUACUUAUACUCCAGGCUGCAACUCAUUCCGAUUUAGUCCGCUCAUCAAGGGCCACAAGGUCCCUGACUCAGACACAGAAGGGUGGUUCGUAGAGAUCUUCGGCGAAAACCCAGAGGAGAAACCAGACACCAAAGUGGUUGUAUCGGCCACUGCAGAAAAGCAGCUGGUUGAUAUUCCCGAGAGUUAUCAAUCUACGAUCCCAACUAAAUACUUUGCUAGAGCUAGGGCCAGGUACACCAUUCAAGAGUCAGGACGACUCAAGUUCGGCUUCAGUACUUCAGGAAAAGGCAAGCUCAUCAUUGAUGGCGAGGAAGUCAUCGAUCUUUGGACGAGCCAACCGCCCAAGACGGACUCAACUCCUUGCUUCAAUCGCGUGUGCAUGGAGCGAUUCUACGAACAAGAUUUCGAAAAGGGACGGAUCCUUGAUCUCGAAGUCCUUCAAGUCAACGAGAAUGUGUCAGGUGGUGUUGGUACUGCGCAGACCCUUGUCGGACGUGUUGGAAUCUAUGAAGUCUAUGAUGAGGAUCAAGGUAUCAAAGAUGCUGUGGAACUUGCCAAGAACGUUGAUGUUCCCAUUGUUAUCACUGGCCUUUCUUCGGAUUUUGAGUACGAAGGCAGCGAUCGAAAGCACCUGAACCUGCCAGGAAGAGUGGACGAACUAAUUGCGGCUGUAUUAGAAGCCAAUCCUGAUGCUAUCAUCAUUACACAGUCGGGUUUGCCCAUUGAAAUGCCCUGGGAGUCUCAAGCCGCAACACAGCUUCAUGCCUGGUUUGGCGGGCAAGAAACUGGUCAUGGAAUGGCUGAUGUGCUCUUUGGCAAAGUCAACCCCUCUGGAAGAUUGUCUCUGACAUUCCCCAAGUCUAUCAAGCACACCCCGGCCUACCUAACCUUUUCCAAGGCUGACUAUGACAUUGUGUACGGUGAGGGAGUCUUCAUUGGUCAUAGGUACUAUGAGAUGGUUGACCGAGAGCCCUUAUUCUACUUUGGCCACGGUCUGUCAUACUCCAAGUUCGAAUACUCAGGCCUUGCCGUACCCGAAGAGUUUACUUCUGCUGUUGAUCACGAAAUGCGUGUCACGGUUGACAUCAAGAACACCGGGGCGUAUUCUGGCGCAGAGGUUGUUCAACUUUACAUUCGCCAAGAAAACAGUUCCCUACAGCGGCCCCUGAGGGAGCUGAAGGCGUUUACUAAAGUGUACUUGGAGGUUGGCGAGACCAAGAAGGUUGAACUUACACUUGAUAAAUAUUCGCUGUCUUUCUGGUCACAAGAAGUGUCUAAAUGGAAGGCUGAAGAAGGGAAGUACACCGUCAUACUUGCUUCGAGCUCAAACCCGAGGGAUGAGAUUGCAAGGGAAAGCUUUGUUUUACAGAAGACUUUCUUCUGGAAGGGCCUCUAG